AUGGAUCCCUCGGAUUUAGAUUUCGGGCUCCACAUUGAAACCGCGCGGCUUCAAGGGUUCUUAGCCCAGCUGCUUCGUUCCCAAGAGACCAUUCAAAAGCGCCAAGAUGAUCUGGCGUCUGCCUUCGAUGAACUGCUCAAGAAGCUUGCUAGUGGAGAGCAAGGCAUUCAGGAGCACCAACAAACUCUGCAGAAGCUGCAGAAUGACACCGAACGGCUAUCAGAGAGAGUUGAUGCGUUGGAUAAGCUGCGGAUCAGGGAGAAGAUAGAAAGAUAUGACAGUGACCACAAUGAGCUCAAAUCAUUCCAGUCGCAGAUAUCUCUGCUUGAUUCAAAAAUCAAAAGCCAAGAAUCUACUGCGAGCAAUUUACAAGGCCGGCUGGUAGAUAUAGAAAGCAAGCAAAGCAACCUCGACGACCAGUUUAAGGAAAUGUUGCCGGAAUUCGGGUCCCUUAAAGCCGGCCAGACAGCUGCCGCUGUUCAGUGUCAAGCAGCAGAAGCGCGGUGCACUGAGGUAGAGCGGCGUCAAGAAGAGCUUGCGAAUUCCGUCGAAAAUAAAUAUGAGAAUCUUUGGCGAGGCGUCGAGCAGUCCCUUGAAGCCAUAUCGACUGCAGAGCUGCAGAAGUAUCAAAGCGACAUUCAAGCACUCAGCGGGAAAGUGGAGAAACGGAUAAACCUGCGGAUAAGCUACUGUUUGGACAUUCUUACAAAAGCCACUGAAAUGAACAGGCAGAGAGACGUGAAACGAUCUGUACUGCUUAGAUGGAGGGAACAAGCGUGGUUGGCAAGCAGAAGGAAGUUUGGACUUUCGUUGCUAGCCAGUCGAAUUUAUAGCAGAGUUCGCAGCUUCUUCCGCCGAUGGUUUUAUCAAGCUCGAUGGGCCUCGGAGAUCGAGCGUGUGAAAGAGGAGUUUAAAAAGCUAGUACCAGAUGUCGAUGCAGUUCUGGCGGGGACCGUCAAUCCUCGCCUGCAGCUACUAGAGGAGGGAGCUGCAGCAGAGGCCAGGAAGACCGAGUUACUAGUCGAGCGAAAUAAAGAAGUGUGGAGUUAUCUACAAUCAACUAUGGAUCGAGCUCUUGCACUUGAGCAUAAGACUAAAGAAGGCACAGAGGCACUGGAAAGAAUGAGCACCGACAUCGAUAGACAUGCAAACUUCCGUCGGGAUGCUGAAGAGCGUGUGCAAAGCGCAGAAGCUAUGGUUACGCAACUGUCCGAGCAAUUCGCCCUUCUGGCAAGAGACGACGACGUCAAGAACAUGAUGAAGGACAUUUUGCUCAUAUGGACUGCCGUGAAACAGCUUGAUGCCGCAAAGGCAGAUAGGAAGGAACUUGAAAACCUAGGAGUCGAAACAACUGCAAAGAAUGAAACACUGUCGGAAAGCGUUCAAAAACUGGAAGAUUACAAUACUGUGCAGGAUAACAAGGCCAGGCACGAAGAACUCGAAUUCAUGUUCGGACUGGUUGUCAGGUUGGUUGAGGACAUUGCCAAUAUCCAGUUCGGCAAAAUGCAGGCACGUCUGGCGACGAGCGGACGGGCGGGGAUUGGAAGAGUAGAAGCGCGGCCCACUCUGCGGAAACCCAUCAGCAGAGCGAACGAGACAAGCGCUGGAGCCCCCAAAAUAAGCAUGCCUGUCUCAUUCUUGGCAGGGGAGAACGAUGGUACAGAACGUGGUGGUGACAACCAAAUUGUGUCAGAUAUCCGUUCUAAGUCCAAACCGAAUGCGGACUGCAAACUAAGCCAGCCUUCUCUCCAGCCUCAUUUGCUUCCAGACUUCAAAAACAAACAGUUCUCCAGGUCUCCGGCGGUGGCAGCGUUUGCUGAUUGGGUUAGCGAUGUCCAAAAAGCAUUGAAGUUAGAGUACAGCCCAUCUGAUUUUAGUGGUACCCAGGCUCAUGCAAGCAGAUAG